CAGAGCACAUCACAUGGGUACCCUGUUUAGCUUGUCCACUAGUGCUUUGUUUAUUUGCAUGUUGAUGUAGUACCAUGGUGUCUGUAAUUAGGAAUUUAGGACAUUAGGUGCUCUAUUUUAUAUGUUAAUUGCUCUGUUUCAUGUGCCAAAGUGUGUUGUUUAUGGAUUUGUUCUGUUUUAUAUGCAAAUAUGCUAGUACAGUGGUCCUAUUACUGCUUUCUAUUCCAUGUGCAUGUGCUUUGUGCUGCUCCCUUUUAAUAAUGCAUAGCUUUGUUUUUUGAUGAACUGCAGACAAGGAAUGGCUGCUACUGAGAGUCCAGCUUCUGUCAAUGGUGAAUAUGAUCCCACUACUGAUAAAGCUCGGAAGGCAAAGUCAAAUGACCCAGGCUGGAAGUAUGGUUAUUGGGCAAACCUUCAAGACCGAAAUGAGGUGACAUGCAUUCUUUGUGGCAACCCACAGAAGAGAGGGAUCAAAAGGCUGAAGCAGCAUCUCGCAGGUGGCUAUGCUGAUGCCAAAUUGUGCGAGAGUAAAAGACUCACUACUGCAAUCAGAAAGGAAAUGAGAGAUUACUUGGAACAAAACAAGAGAAAGAGGUCAUUGUUCCAAGAUGAAGGAGAACAAGCACCGAAUGUGGUGGAGGUGGUAGAUGUCGAGGCUGAUGCCUCAGUUAUUCAUCAUCCAAGUUCAGGGACAGCAGCCAAACAAAGGCGUGCAACUUAUCAAUUUACUGCAGCAAAGACCAAGGCAGCAGCAAAGACGAACAAGACAGUUGCUGAGAUGCUUCGAAAGACACCCGAAGAGUUGGUUGAAGAAAGAUAUUCAAAGAGCUAUCAGCCCACAAUAGAGGCCAGCACAAAGACAAAGGAGGAAAAGGAAUAUGUGGACCUGCAGUGGGCUUUAUUGUUUUAUGAAUGUGGCAUAUCAUUUAACGCAGCAGCAACAAGGCAAUUUCAGAUUGCAAUUGAGGCCAGCAUACAGUAUGGUUCAGGUUACAUACCUCCUACACCCUAUGAUCUUGGUGAACCAUUGCUUAAGAAGGCUGUGAAGUUGACAAGUACCGCGAGGAAGGACCAUGAGAAGGCCUGGAAGCACUAUGGAUGCACUUUAAUGUCUGAUGGAUGGUCUGAUAAGAGGGGAAGACAUCUGAUCAACUUCCUUGUUAACAGCCCAGAGGGUACUUAUUUCCUAGAGUCUGUUGACGCAUCAAGUGAGGUGCAUGAUGCUAAUAUGCUUGCUAAUUUGUUGGAGGAGAGGAUUCAGAAAAUUGAACAAGAUAAGGUUGUUCAAGUUGUCACAGAUAAUGGAGCAAACUACAAGGCAGCGGGUAGAAUUCUAAUGGAAAGAAUUCCUACACUGUAUUGGACUCCAUGUGCUGCCCAUUGCUUGGACCUUAUGCUGGAAGAAAUAGGAAAGUUGAAACCUUUCAAAAAAUGCAUUGCACGUGCAAGGCGUGUCACAACUUUCAUCCAUAGGCAUGGUAGAAUUCUUCAUGCUAUGAGGGAGAAAACAAAAGGCGAUCUUGUGAGACCUGCAGGCUGCAGCCACUCGGUUUGCCACAUCGUUUCUUACUUUGAAAUGUUUGCAUAAACACAUGGAUCCUUUGAAGUGUUUAUUUGUUAGUAAUGCAUGGACUGGGAACAAAUUGGCAAGAACUAAGGCUGGUGAGGAGGUGCACGACAUUGUGCUCUCUACAGAGUUUUGGAAUGGAGUUGAGGACUGCCUUAGAGCUUCAGGGCCACUCCUUAUUGUUCUUAGGGUGGUUGAUGGUGAUGAAAAGCCUGCAAUGCCAGAGGUUGAAGCACUAAUGAACCAUGCAAAGGAGAAGAUCAAGCUAAGCUUUGCUGUCCAAAGCAAGAGACCUUUACUCAGGAAGAUCAUGGACAUUAUUGAGCGUCGUUGGGAGAACCAAAUGGACCACCCAUUGUAUGGGGCUGCACUGUUUUUAAACCCAGGAAAAUUCCAUCCCCUAGUAGCAGCGAAUGAUGAUGCUACUGUUGGACAUCUAAAGGGUUGCUUCCUUGAUGUGCUAGGAAGAAUGGUGGAGGAUGAGGAAACUAGAAACAAGAUUGAUGCUCAAGUCAUGGACUACGAAAACCUUAGGGGAAAUGCCUUCUCAAACAAAUUGGCUAAACAAAACAUUGAGAAAAUGAACCCUAUUGAGUGGUGGUGCUCAUAUGGUGGUCGUGCCAUCGAGUUACAAAGAUUUGCUAGGCGUAUUGUUAGUCUUUGUGCAUCAUCAUCUGGCUGUGAACGAAACUGCAGUACAUUUGAGUUUAUCCAUACAAAGAAAAGGAACCGGCUGUUGCAUAAGAGAUUGAAUGAUAUUGUGUUUGUUUCCUACAACCGGAAGAUGAAAACUAGGUUUCAAAUAAGGCGAGAGAAAAAGGGGGGGAAAGGCUUUGAUCCUUUGGUCCUUGAGGAUUUUAAUUGGGACAAUGAGUGGGCUGACUCAUUGCAUGUGCCCACUCAGGGUGGUCGUGGGUGUGGUUCUGACCUAGGCCUUACAUGGCAGCUAGUGGAUGAAGUUGUUGGUGCAACAACAUCACUUCAAGGCCGACAUUUUCCAAGGCAAGCAAGAAAUUCAACAUGAUCUCAAGCAGUUGAAGAAGAAGAAGAGGAAGAAGAAGAUCCACAUGAUGAUGCCGAUGUGAGCGAUUGUGAGGAUGCUCCAGCCAAUUCCAAUGAUGAAGACAAUGGGGCUUCUAACACCAUUGAUGAAUUUGAUGAUGGAUACUGAGAUUUGAGAGAUUUCAGAUCUGUGCUUUUCAGCUUUUGCUACUUUUGUGCACUCAGUGCAGCACUAUUUAAUUUGUUAGACUAUUAAGCUUGUGGUUGGUGGUGGACUAUGAAGUAUUGUACUAUUGCUGCUUAAUGUCAGUUUGUGAUGCAUGUACUUGGUUACUGGUUGU